UAUUUCAAUAAACACAAUUGCAAUCGACUAUAGUGUCACGGGAAAACAACACACCUUUAUAAUGGUACACAUCCGAAUGAUUUUAACGUUAUCCAUUGCGAUUUUGGCGGUCGACAAUGUGUUAGUAGAAGCUGGAAAAGGAACGAGAAAUCGGGAAGCGAAUUUGUCAAUUCGUGCUGCAGAACACAAGGAAACGUUAAGAUCAAAACAAGAUAAGUUAGAAGAAAAAUUUGGUUCAAUGACACAACCGGUCAAGGAACAAUUGGCCGAAAUUAGUAACAUUAUAAUCGACCAUAUCUUGAAACAUAAAUCAUUCGAAAAGUAUUUGAAAAAUGUGUUUUCGAUAUUACAAAAAUAUGCAGAGGGACAAAUUACCACAAGAUAUGAAAAACUCAAUAAAAUUUAUACAAAAUGGGAAAAGAAAAAUUUUCCAGACAAGGAAAAGAAAGCUAAUGCAUUGAAAAUACUGAAGAAGCAAGAAAAGGAAAAUAAARGUUCACAAAAAAAAAAUAAAAAUAAUGAAAAGAAGCAAUCUCUAAAGCUCAAACUCUAAAGCAAACAUUAUUGAUAAGAAACUAACAGAUAAAAAUGGAGGUCAAAAGAAAAUCAGAUAAACUAGAUACCCAAAUAUUAACGAAAUAUUUAUAACUGCUUAUACAUUUCUAAAUGAUCUAAGUUGGUUUACAAUAAUAAUUAAUUUUUUUGUGUAAAACAAAAAUUAUUAAAAAUCAGUUUAAGAUAAAUCAGAUAAAUUUCGGCUUUAUUUAAGGUUAUACAUAACAACCUAAUAAAAUGUAUUAAAAUUAUUAUUAUGCAUCUAUAUUUAUAAUAAACAAAUUUAUAUAAUA